AUGUCCUCACCACGCAAGCUCUCCGUGCAUCCUGCGUCGCUCAUGCUCCCUGAAGACAUCUUCGCGCCUGCACCCACCAUGGCCCACUCCGACAACGCUAACGGUGCGUCCGCAGUCACACCCACUGAAGAGGACGCUCCUGCAGCCGAGCUCUCAGGCUUUAGCGAUGGCAAUGCGGCGUUGCUCCUCAAUUCGGACGAUACGGCCACGUCUGCGCUCCCCACGCUGUCAUGCACCAAACUGGUUUGGCACAUGGGCCUACCGGAACAGUCCAGGGACCAGAGACCAACCUAG